CCUGUCACACAUGACACUCCUACUGCUGCUGUAGUGCUCUGAUCACAUUUAGUCUCUCUUCAGUGUAUUUAAUUAUCCUUGAUAUGGCUGAAGACUAAAAGGCUGUGAGGUUGCAUGUAUAGUGAGUGGCUGUGGCGGGUCAGUAGUGAGAGGGAUGUAGUGUUGGUGGCAGUGAGGUGAUGGUGAUGUUGGCCAGACUGACCAGUGUGCUCUGGGGUCGAGGGGACCCGGACCCCACUGAGGAUCCCCACCCAGAAGACUGUAGCAGGGGACUCACCCGGCGACAGUCAGUCUACUCUCAAAGACUGCGCAGAUGGUUUCACCCCAAUGUAACUGGAGUGGAAGCAGAGAAUCUGCUGAAGGAGAGAGGCUUCGAUGGCUCCUUCCUGGCCCGACCCAGCCGCAGCAACCCAGGAGACUUCACACUCUCUGUCAGACGUAAUGGGGAAGUGACACAUAUCAAGAUCCAGAACACGGGUGAUUUCUAUGACCUGUAUGGCGGGGAGAAGUUUGCCACGUUGUCCGAGUUGGUACAGUUCUACAUGGAAAACCAGGGACAGCUCAAGGAGAAAAAAGGAGAGGUGAUAGAGCUCAAGUACCCCCUCAACUGUGCUGACCCCACCACUGAGAGGUGGUUCCACGGACACUUGUCGGGCAAGGAGGCCGAGAAAUUGAUACUGGAGAAAGGCAAGAACGGCAGUUUCCUGGUACGAGAAUCUCAGAGUAAACCCGGCGACUAUGUGCUGUCCGUGCGCACUGACGACAAGGUCACCCAUGUCAUGAUUCGCUGUCAGGACAACACAUAUGAUGUAGGAGGUGGUGAGAAAUUUGACAGCUUGUCGGAAUUGAUAGAGCAUUACAAACGCAAUCCAAUGGUGGAAACGAGUGGUACUGUUGUGCACCUCAAGCAACCCUUUAAUGCAACACGCAUCAACGCCAGCGGCAUUGACCAUCGCGUCAAAGAACUGCAGAAAGAAAAUGCACAAUUAACUGGAAAAGCAGGAUUCUGGGAAGAGUUUGAGUCUUUGCAGCAGCAGGAAUGUAAGCAUCUUCUAUCCCGGAAAGAGGGACAAAAACCAGAGAACAGAAAUAAGAACAGAUACAAGAAUAUUUUGCCCUUUGAUCACACAAGGGUAAAAUUAAAAGAUGUUGAUCCCAGUGUGCCUGGCUCAGAGUAUAUCAAUGCAAAUUACAUCAAGACGGAAGAGGAUGGAGACUGGCCUGUACGUACAUAUCUAGCAACACAGGGAUGUCUGCCUACUACAGCCUCUCACUUCUGGCUCAUGGUUGUACAGGAGAACACUAGAGUCAUUGUGAUGACCACCAAAGAGAUGGAGAGGGGCAAGAACAAAUGUGCGAGGUACUGGCCAGAGGAAGGAGAGACGAAAGAGUUUGACAAAGUCACAGUGAAGAACAUGUCACAGGCAUCUACUACCGACUAUACCCUACGAGAGUUCCUAGUCUCCUACAAGGACGAGGACAGGAUAGUCUACCACUACCACUUCCAGGCGUGGCCAGACCAUGGAGUACCAGCAGACCCAGGCUGUGUGCUGAACUUUCUGCAUGAUGUGAAUGCACGUCAGGAAAGCAUCAUCGGUGCCGGUCCAGUCUUGGUACACUGCAGUGCCGGGAUAGGCAGAACUGGUACCUUCAUCGUCAUUGAUAUGAUCCUCGACCAGAUCAAGCGACAAGGUCUGGACUGUGAGAUCGAUAUCCAGCGGACGAUACAGAUGGUGCGCUCACAGAGGUCUGGAAUGGUGCAGACAGAGGCUCAGUACAAGUUUGUGUAUCUGGCCGUGCAACAUUACAUACAGACUGUCUCACAGAGGAUGCAGGCAGAACAAAAAAGCUUGCAGCUGGGCAGAGAGUACACCAACAUUCGGUACAGUAACGAAGUGAGCACGUCACCGACAAUGACUCUGUCUCGCUCCACAACGUCGCUCACAUCCACACCUGUCAGCUGCCGCACACCCAGUCGAGCAUCGUCUGACAUCCACUUGCCAAGACCCCCAGAAGAAGAAAUUCCAAAACAAAUCUACGAGAACAUCCCACUGAUGGAGAGGAAGUUGUCGGCCACCAGCUACAUUGGGCCUCCCCCACCUAGCCUGGCGCCUCCACCACCUCCCCCACCAAGGAAAACGUGACCCUCACUGAGCCCCGCACUUUAGUGUCCAUCGUACAAACAGAACUUGUCAUAUAACGAUAUUGGAACAAUAAUAAUAACAAUUUUCAGUUCCACUAGAAAUAAAUUUUACAGAUGACAAUGCCUUGUGAUUUUCUUUGUUAAAAUUACUCAUAUGUGAUAAAUCUUAAAAUAGCUUACAUUUAGUCAUGGAAUGUCAUUUUCAAUGUUAAUAAUUAAUACUUAUCAGAACUAUUAUUUGUGGUUUUCAAAGAAUGUGACCAUUGUUAUUUGUUGUGCUGUUAGUAAUCUUGUUAUUGAAUAAGCUAUUAUUUGUAUUCUGUAUAAGAUUACAUAAUAUGCUAUGUAAAGAAAUGCUAAUAUAUAUACAUAUAUAUAUAUUUUUGCUCGUUAUAAAUCAAAAGAGCUGUGAGGAUGUAAAGAGUUGUAAAUAUGUUAAAGCUUUUUUAUGCACUGAAACAAUUAAAAAAUGUUUCAAUAAUAAUUUAAUCUUAAUUUGUUGAGCUUUAUAAUCAGUACCAAAACCCAUUGUUUUUGGUGUUAAGCAUUAAAACAUUUGCACUAUCAUGUUUACCAAUUAAAAAUAUUAAGCGAAACCUAUUUUAUUAUUUAUAUCUUUACGUGUAGCCAUGUUAAUCUUAUAUUGUAAUGCUUUAUGAAAGCCAGCACAUUGUUAUGAUUUUAUUAUAUAAUAAUUUCACUGGGGUUAAGUGUAAUUUAAAAUUCAAAUGAAAUAUUGGGAAAAUUUUCAUGGAUGAGAGAAAAAGUAUUUAAUACAAAGACAACUAUUCUUUAAAUAUUGAGAGUAGGUUUAAGUUUUUGAUGUUCAUCGAAGUCAUAUAUUAUUUAUUUAGUCAUCACGAUGUCAUAAUUUGGAAGUACAUUAUGUUCACUUCGGUCAGUAUUGUUAAUAUUUGUUGCAAAAUGAAAUUAUAUUAAUUUUAUUGCACAUUUUUUAUUAAGAAAGUGUAUUUUAAGUUACAUUAUUGUAAUGAUUAAACACAUUGAUAAUUGUA